UGAAUUUAGCAUGGAUUCCGCGUAUCGUUUGUGAAAAAAGUGAAUUUUACUUCAAUUGGAAAUAAUUAUCUGUGUACAAUCUGUGAAAUUGUUUGCAUAAACAUUAGAGGUUGGUGGUAGAAGCUGAUCAGGAAAAUUCAACGAUAGAUUUUUUAUUGGAUGCUAGUCUGAAAUAUCUCGGUAACCGUGCCAACCUCACACUCGAAGCUGAUGUAGAGAACCUUCGUUACUUGUGGCAAGUUUAUCGCAAGGAUCUGAAAAGCUUGGAUAAACAAGUCAACAGUGGAUUUAACCAGUGGUCAUCGGUUGAACAGGGAUUUAACGUUAAUCUGGCUCAAAGUCGAACAAAACAAAAACAACACUUGGAUGAACUCAGAACAACUGAGUUUGUCACCCACGAUAUCACCUCAAAGGAAAAUGCCCCGUCAAAGGAUUUAGCAUACACCCGUUUACAGGGAGGUUGCCCUAGUAGUCCGCGGAAACGCUUGUCGUACCAAGAACCAAAGGAGAACAGAGAUGAUAGGUCGGAGAAAUUGUUGAUGUCCCAAAACAAAGAUGGUGGAAAUGGUGACGAGAUUAGAGCAUUUAAUCUAGAAAAAAACAAGGCCGGAUCAGUCAAAGAAAACGAAACCCCUAGUCACCAUAGCAACAUGGAGCCUUUAAAGGAAUUACCCGUACAACCAAAUGUAAAUAUUGAGUCGGGGAGCAAAGUUCAAGAAAUAACAGUUAAAGUCGGACAAGAAAUUCUCGAUUUAGAUUUUCCAACAGGACCUAAGAGACGAAGAAUGAAUGAUGACAACUCUGGUAACCUUAGCAACAGAUCAAGUGUAGUAAGCAGUCGGUCAGGAUCCCCAAGUUUUCUCGAAUUAUUGGAAGACACAAAAAGUCGCAGCAGCACUCCUACAGGAACAGCCUCUCCAUGUCCUCAAACUCUGUCAGAAUUCAAGAAACGCUACAAGAAAGAUGCUCUCUGGAAGUCAAUCAAAUCUAAUUACCAGUAUUUGAUGGAUAAAGAAAUUAUAGAAGCAUGCAAGCUGACAGAGAACGAUCUGAUGAUGAAUGAACAAGAUUUUUCUGGGCAUCCCAAAGUUUCGUUUGCUGAAUUUCUUCAGCAGUAUCGGGAGCUCACUGAUUGGCUAUCUCAAGUUGAGACAGCCAUGACUAAAAAUGUUUCGAGUUUUUCAGAGAAAUAUCUAAAUCAGUCAUAUCAUGAGGAGAUGUUGGAAAGAUGUCCACGAAGGAAGCUGUUUAACGAUUACGCUAAACAACUUCAAGUUCGAUAUCCGGACAUGAAAGAGGAGAUUAAUGCCCGUCUGCAAUUCCUUAACAACCAGUGGGAAGAAUUGGAAAAUUUCAUAGCAACAAGAAAUGGCCAGCCUGAUAAAAAGACCAUGAUUAGAGAUUUGGAAAGUGAUCUGAAUAGUUUGAGACAGUCAUUGAAUACGAUAGAACAGCGCCUGCUACCAUUAACUGUGAAACCUGAUUGGACGGCAGAAACCAUAGAGACUAAACUUAAAGAACAUCAGGGGCUACAACGUGAAAUUGAAUCCAGAUCUAAAGUGGUGUCGGCCGUUCUCAAACUAAGCGGACGAUUGGAGAAUGAGUUUGAGUCCGACUCAGAAACUGAUGACGGCGAAUCGCGACAGUUGGUUGCUGUCAAUCUGGAACGUCGUUGGCAUGGUAUCUGGCUCUUGUCACUAGAAUGGCAGUGUCGUUUGGAAGAGGCUUUGAAUAAGAAAAAGGGUAUUUAUGGGUCUGGACUUGAUUUUGGAAACUUCCGGCUUCCAUGUUUGGAGGAAUCGUUUGCCAGUGAUAAUGGAAAGGACUCGACCAAUAGUAGCUAUGGAGAAUUCGAUGACAGUUUUAACUUUAUAAGUUGUCAGCGAGACGUGGUUGGAGACACCCCGAGCCCGACAGAUAUUGCACGAUUGUCGUUGGGAAAAUCCAGCUUCUUGGACAAGAGUAGCGGGGACAGCGCGAACAUAAGUGAGGCGGAGUCAAAGAUGGAGGAAUCGCUACAGAGUGGUGACAGCAAUGAAAUUAUCUCCAGUGAAGGAGAGGCAGAGAUCCUGCAACGAACGAAAAAUCGCAUUGAAAGCAAAGACGUAGGAUACAGUAGCGAGGGUCAUUCUAACGACGAAGCCGAGUUACUACGGUUACAGAUGUUAGAGGACCGUUACCAGGGACUUGUACAGGUAGCUAGUGACAGUCCGUUAGCCAAUGAGACGAUGAAGAUUACAGAUAGUUCAUUGAAUCCUGUUUAUUAUUUUAUGACAACAGUUGACGUCGAUUCGACAGAUAAAACGACCGAUAACGACGAGGUUGGUGACAACGAAAAAAUCAACCAAUUGAACGGCUUAAAGGAAUUUCAAGACGGAUUUGAUAUCUCUCCAAUGAAAAUGGCCCCCAAUUUGGAUAUUCUGAAGCAAGUCGACAAUGACGAUUUGUUGACGAUACCAGUUGUAACCAAUGGUAACCAUGUCAUUACAAGCGAACAGUCGGAAUCGGAUUACUGCAUUGAACCACAAGAAAAAAUAAAACUCUUGAUUGACCAGGCUGAGGAUUUAGUUCGAUCACCGAAGCCGUUUUUCCAUUCAACCCCUGAUAAGCAUGAAUUGAAGGUUCCCCAGAUUAAGCAGACGAUCCCGACAUCUCCUAGUAAACAGACGCAAACCCUGCCUAUAGAAAGUAGUAGCGUUGUUGAGACGUCCUGUGAUGCCAGUGGUGAGGAAACAGACAAUGAAAGUUCCUGUGAAGAAUUUUCCACUGCUUCUGAUGAUGGUGGCGAUGCCAUGGUCGAUAGCGUCAUUUGCUCAGAUUAUACGUCUGCUAGUCAAGAAAGUGUUUCUCUUCUCUCCCCUAUUUUACCCAUGGAUUCCGUGAAAUUGAGGAAUAAAACCCUCUCUCCACGCAAUGGAAAAGACAGACCCUGGAGUUUCAUGGAAGUGCAAGAAAUAAAACAGUUGAACGUGAAAAAGUUCUCAACAUCUGACGGUGCUAUCGAUAAAUUAACAAACAAUCUGUCUGACUCGGAUUCUCCCGGUACUCCUCAAUCGCGUAAUGUCGCUUUACGUCAAGGAAGCUGUUCAACAUUCCCCCGUCAUCGGACCAAAUCUCGGCAGACGCGUAGGAACUUCUCUUCAGAGUUCACGUCUUUACGUGGUGCCAAGCGAAAACUCCACUACCCUUCUUCGGAAUCCACCCUUUGUUGUGAAUCACAGACGGAUCACGUAGUGCCUUGUGUUAUAAGAACAGACGAUGAACUGACCCCGAUCAAUCAGAAGGAUAAUUUUGCGGAGUUAUUCGCUAAUGCAAUAUUAAAAGCCAGUAGUGGAAAUAGCAGUUUAAGUGAAUCUGACACAGAAACUUCUGAUGAAUACGAUACCGCUCCAUUAGAACCAUUUACGUCAGAAAAUGAAGAUGUUUUAAAUAGUACCGGUUCCUUCUCAGAAAACGCCUGGGAUAAUUAUCAGGCCCCUCUUUAUCCCACUGCUAGUGAGGACCCAACAGAAGAACCACUACACUGGGAACCAACGGAUGAAAUGGAAUUUGAUGACGAAUUCUGUAUUCCAAGUGGCAGCUUAAUCAAUAAUGUCAUGGCAACACAGACUAAUGCUCAGAAGAAAAAAGUUAAAAAUCUCCCUCCAAUCAACCAGUUUGAAGAUAGUGAUUCUGAUAUUGAUGAUUUUCAUCACAUUUUGGACCAAACUGAAUUACAGCUCAAGAAAGCGGAUCAAUCCUUGAAGAAAAAACGUAAAGAUGCAAUGGGUACUGGGUUACAUUUAAAUCCUUCCAAAUAUGCAGAAAUAUUGGCAACUUGUGAAACUAAUAAAAAUUGCUUGGAGAGUAUAUGUCAACAUAUGACCACGGAUGCCGUCACGGAAGCUGAUGUCAGCAAAAUACAAGAUUUAUUAUAUCAAUGGGAAAAACUACAGGCACUCGCUAUGGAAAGACAGACGCAAUCUCAGGAACUGUCUUCCAUGUUUAAUGAAAUGGCCGACAUGAAAGCUGAUCAACGUAAUGUUCAAGAGGCGCUCAAUCAGACAAGUUUCAGUUCUGCUGAGGAAUUAAGUGAUUCUAUCAGGGCUUUAAGUGGUCAUCAAAUAGUUUUAGAAAAUCAACAGUCCCAGUUGAUAACGUUGACAGAAUCUGUUAAAUUAUUCAGUGAAGAUUAUCCUUCUAUAAAUGUCUGUAAAUACCAUAACGACAUCGCUGACAUCGGAGAAACUAACACAGAAUUAUACAAAUGUGUUUGUCGUCAAGUGACGGAGCAGCAAGAGAAACUAGGUUUAUGGUUGGAAUAUCUGGAUAGUCGUAAAGAACUGGAAUAUCUGAUUACACAGGAUCGUCGUAAAUUACAACAAUUAUUAUGUGAACAUGAUUCUGGAAGAACUAAAUCUGCAGCAGAAUUACUCAAUGAUAUAGAGGACAUUAAUUGUAAUUUAGAAGUAUAUGAAUCCAAACUUCAGUGCCUUUCUCAAUUACGAUCUCAACUAUCCUGUUCAUCAGAUGACUCCGCCCAGCGAGAUUAUCUCGCUUCUAUCGCAGAUCUCCGCAAUCAGUUAUUCUCCUUCAGUAAACGGUGCCGUGACGCUAAACAUAAUCUAGAUGAUGAAGAAUUGCGUGGAGAUGAAGUGGAUAUUACCCAGUACCCUAUAGCAGCUGCUACCGUUCUAGAACAGGCUGAUUUCACUGAUAAAAUUAAUUUAGAUGUUGAUGCAGAACUUGAAUCGAAACCCAGUAAAAAGAAAUCCUGGUUAUCAUCGUGUCCUCUACAAUUGGCAGCUCUCAUUAUGACAGCAGGUCUAGUUUAUCUCAUGGAUCCCGACGUCAUCGACAAAAUUACCAACUUCUCUGUUACAAUCAAUCCGGAGUUAAAAUACGUUAGCGGCCCCCCUCCAGCAUAAUUAUACAGAUUUAUUAUUAUAGCCGUAGAUAUGAUCUACGCUUAUUGUACAUAUAUAAUUAAUUUCAAAUGGUGCAAAUUUUUUUCUCUCAAUAGGUUGUGUUAUGUUUGAGGAAUGCAAUUCAAAUGAUUUGUUUUCUCAAGGGGAAUAACUCCUGUGCUAUAAAUGAUCAUUUGGUGCUGGCUUGAAUGGAAUAUUUAGUUCUAAUGAAAUUUUUCGAUAUGAUUUAUUAAACUAAGGAUAAGUAAAUGUAAGAUUCUAAUUUUAAUGAUUCUAUAAAAAGCUUAUCUUAUGUCUGUAAAUCAUAUUUUAAAAUUUCUCCUGUGCUACAUUUUCUUUCAAGUAAGACUUGUUAAUGGAUUAAGAAUUCUCAAAUUGUUUUGAAAUCCUUUAGUAGCAGGCUUGGAAAUAAAAUCUGAGGCACAACUGAAUUUAUGUCGGACAUGUAUCUAAAACACCGAAACGGAAAAUCUCUGCCGGACUUUAUGACAGGUACCAGAGAGAUUUGUGCCUGACCAUAUCUGUAAAAGGUAGCCUAUUUCCAGGCAUAAAUUAUAAAACAACAACUCUGAACAAAUAGUUUUAUUUAUGAUAAACACAGACUUUAGAUAUAAAGACUGAAUAUAUUAUACAGUAAAAUAUUUGUGUCAAGAAUUGUUGAUUUAUUUCAAACUACAAGGAUUGCAAUAAAAAUGUCCUGUUAGGAGUUUGUUUGAAAUAAAACAAAAUAUAUGUGUUCAAUACACAUAGAUGUUAUUAUUGAUGUGCAUAUACUUGUAAGUUAUUGAGUUAUACAUACAUAAGUAAUAUAACAGUAUGUAUAUAUACAGAUAAAUAAAUAAAAUUAUGAAAAUCGUAAAUUAAAAAAAAAAAAGAAAUAAACUAGUAGGAGGGGUUAAGGAUAGAACAGUGGUUCACAUGUUGGAUAAGAAUAUGAUGGAUCAUGUAGCAUUACAUGUGUGAUAGAAAAAAACAACAAAUACAUUAAAUGUAUGUUGUUGUUGAAAGAGGCUCAGGGGUGGCCUGUAUGGAAAGAAAUUCCAUGUUGACGGAAAUCUUCAAAUUGUGGUACUUUUAACCUAAAUGGGUUAUUUGACUACAUAAGUUUGAAGUUGCUCUCGUGAGUUUAAACAUUUUCCAAAGAAUGCCUGGCUCCCAGUGUUGUAGUAGAUUGAACGCUUGUGUGUCAUUAACAUUGUGGAAAAGGGGUGCGCUACAAAGUCUCCUUUGGAAUUUGGGAAAGCGUUAAAAGAGUUGAUAGAAUUAAGAAUUACGUUAAAGAGAGCGAGAUAAGAGAUAUUAUCUACCAAUGCCUAUAUAAGGAUUAAUAUUGGUAAGAUAUUAAAAAUAUAAACAAAUUAAAGAUUGUUUAUAGAAUUAUUCUAGGAUAGAAAAGUCUAAAGAAAGGAACUUGUAUAGUUUCACGUCUUGACUAGAUACUUAUUAUAAUAGAGGCCUAAGGCCCUAAGUUGUCGACGGUGUCGCAACAAAAUAUGGAUGUAUUCGAAUAGCGUACUACAGAGAAUAAAAUUUAAUACUGUCGGGUCAUGAAAGGUAAUGGAUAGGUGGCAUUGGAUGUUCCAGAAUUGGAUAGGGACCCGGUUUCUGCCAAGCACCUGCCAAUUGUAGGUGAGCUGAUCCAAAUGCGAGAUCUUAGCUUUAUGGACUUACGAUAUACUGGAAAAGUGGUAUUUGGUGUUCACGAAAGCAUACCCUGCUUUGUUUAAAACAUCAGUCGUUACUAAUAGCGAAAUGUUGUGAUGAUUGAAUAUAAACCAAAAUGGUGAAGUGAAAUGAAUUAGGGUUUAACGUCCUACUUUUCUGCACCAAUAGGGCAAAUGAAGAUGGCCCAAACUGUAUUGUGAUGUAGUGAUGCACAUAGAGUACACAAAUGGUAUUAAAAUAAUACCCAAAAAAAUAUGGUAAAAGUUACCAAAUAUGGUUAAACUUACCAAAUAUGGUAAAACUUACCAAAUAUGGUUUAAAUUGCCAUCAAUAUAUAUUAACGCUUUAUAUAACAAUGAUUAUAUAUUGCUAAUUAAUCUACCUAGAAUAAAAUGGAAGGAAGAAGAGCCAAGGGAAGGUAAUGAUAAACAUGUGAACCCUGUUAAAUACUGUAAAUGAAUCAAAUUUAUACUAAAAAUAAAUUGUGUAAAUUUGAAUUUUUAAUAUUUUUAUUUUACUUAAAUUGUAAGUUAAAAUUUUUUUAAAAUACAUCAAAAGCAUUUUCAUCCGUAUAAUAAGCCCACCAAUUUCAUUUAUAAAUGUCCAGCAUGACUUGUGCCAUAAUUUCAUUAGAUAAUUUCAUAAAUUCAUUUUUUCUUAGUCACUGCCAAAUUAAAAUAAAUUGCAACAAUCCAAAGUCUGAUAAUUAUUAGAAUUUUCAUCAUUUUGUUCUCGGAAAUCAUUCGAUCCGUCUCAUCAUCAGUGAUUAUGUUGAUAUCAAAAUUUAUAGGUUUUAAAAUUUACGAUAUAUAUUAAUUUCAUCCAAUGGAGGCAUUGGUUUUAUGUCUCAAUUAAAAUUCAUUAAAUUAGUUUCAUACUUUUUGAUAAAGUCAUCCAAUUUUUAUGCUAAAAUCAUUUAUUUAACAAUUUUUAUACCUUUACGAGCAUCAUUUUUGUAAUUAAAACAAAAUAAUAAUUGAAAUGAAUUUGGAUACUAUUUUAUGUACAUUUUGGCUUGUGGCUUUGAUCUGGGACUAUGCUAGCUACCCUUAGUAGUAUAGAUGGAGUUAUGCCUGUCGUAUUACUGGAUAAUUGAGUCAGUUACCAUGUCAACAGUUCAGCAACAAUCUCCUGUAGUACUUCAUUUCUGGAAUUAAUCAAACUCAUCUCAGAAUGACAGGUAUAGCUUGAUCUUCAUCAAGGGUAGCUAAUUUAGUAGUGGAGCAACCAUUUUCAAGGUGUUUUAUAUAUUAACAGUAUUAAACAAUUACUGAUAGACAUAUAGGCAUUUAAACAAAUUAAACUGCUUUAUUCUUCACCAAAAAUUUUAAAAUCUACUUGCGAUUUCAUUGUUAAUUAUUAAAACAGUUGAAAUUUGUCUUGUGUGAAAUUUGUUAAAGUAUUUUAUCUACAGUACAUGUACUUACAAAAAUUAGUAUCAAUAAUAUUAUUAUUAGAAUUAUGGUGCAUUAUAACACGAUAAGGCCUUGUGUAAUAAAUGUACACAAAAUUGAGUAUGGGUUACUCGAUUAUGAAUAUUUAUUACUCAAUUAUGAGUAUUUAUUACUCAAUUACGAGUAUUUAUUACUCAAUUACGAGUAUUUAUUACUCAAGUAUGAGUAUUUAUUACUCAAUUAUGAGUAUUACUCAAUUAUGAAUAUUUAUUACUCAGUUAUGAAUAUUCAUAAAUAUUUAUUACUUGAUAUUAAUUCACCAAUGAUGUAAAUAAUCAUAUUAUUAUUAUAAAUAUAGUUCUCAUAGAUAAUGAUUAAAUGUGUAAUAUUGAAAAAGUUACACAUUUUGGCAGCCAUUAUUUAUAAUUGACCUAGAUAUUGUAUUAAUUAAUGGUACAGUAUAUUUAUCAUUUAAUAUGAAUUAAUUAUCAUUUCUGACACGUUUAUAUAUUUUGAUUCUUACAUCGUGCAGCGACAGUUAUAAAACUGUUUAUUGUAUGACUUAAGACAUACAUGUUAAUGAACAUGCACAUGCAUUUUAGUGCCUAUGCAUGUAAUAAUUUAUCAGGAUUAUUAAAAUGGCAGAGGAUAACAGUAUAGUACGAAUAAAAAUUAGGUAUAUUUUAAAAAUUUAUAAAUUAAUUUUUGUACUUUAGAGAUAGGAAAAAGAUAUUUUGAUAGCCAUGUAAGCGAUCUUUUAUUCCAGUUUAUUCAAUCCUAAUAUCUAAAAUUAACGACUUUUUACGAUUAAUUUGUAUGAAGACAUGCUGGAGGGAGGGUUGUAUUGCUCCCUUCUGAAAGAGCCAUUAUUUGAAUAUGACUUAUUCUAAUAUAUUCAGAAUAAUGGAAUGGUGGGAGGGUUGUAUCGCGCCCCUCUGAAAGAGCCAUUAUUUGAAUCAUAUGACUUAUUCUAAUAUAUUCAGAAUAAUGGAAGUUCUAUUUAAAUUUCUCCAACAGGUGUGGGUUGUAUUGUUGGUGAGGACUUUUAGUCAGUCAAUGAGUCGAGUCAGUUGUUAAGAUUAAAAAGUUGUAAAUAUUCUUUGUAUAAAGAAAAGAUAUAGAAUUCUAAAAUUGAAGCUCCCAAAAGUUUGUUGUUUUUUCUUUUUUUUAAAUGUAGGAUUUGUAACAAAAAAAAAAUUAAAUUUGCAUAAAGUGUCUUACAAAUCUGAAUAUGCAUAAUGAAUGGAAAAUUCUGAACAAAGUUGUGAUAUUAAAUUCAAAAGAUUUGAGAGUUGUGCUGAAUUUUUAGAAUUUUAAAUCUUGCAUGUAUAUUUUAAUGGGAUUAAGUCUUUACAGUUAGAAUUGUUAAUGUUGUAUUGUUUACUAUUUCUAUUUCUAGAAAUAUAUAACUGAUAUUUUAGUGCAGAUACUGUUGCCCUUUUUCUGGUUUUCCUCGUAUUAAAACAGACACCAUCUUCACAACAUCAAGUUGUUACCAUGUGUUUUCAUACUUUGACUGUGUUAGCCGACAUGGUCAUUGAAAGGUAUAUGUGUAUAUACCUUUAAUAGUUAGCUGAGUAGAAGAAGUUGACAAUAUGCAGUUACAAUGUGUUUUGAUACUUUGACUGUGUUAGCUGACAUGGUCAUAUAUAUAUAUAUAUAUAUAUAUAUAUAUAUAUAUAUAUAUAUAUAUAUAUACACCUUUCAAAGUUAGCUGAGUAGAUGAAGUUUACAAUAUGCAAUUACUAUUAGGUGAAGAGACUUAGUUGACAAUAUGCAAUUUCACAAAGAGACUUAGUUAACGUUAUGCAUUUACGGUAUGGUCAAUAGACUUAGUUGCUUGGAGACAUAAAUUUGUAACGAGCCCUGUGAUUGUUGCAAUUUGUUAGUUUUGGAUGUCAUUCCAAUAGCUUCUGCAUUGCAGCAAAGAUACCGAACACUGUCAUGAUAAUAUGACAAGUAUUUUGCAAUAACUUCAACAUUGCAGCAAGAACAGCUAACAUAGUCAUGGUACCAUAAAUAUGUUGUAAUAACUUGACGUUGUGAAGAUGAAACGACUAUACAAUGUAUAUAAUAUAGCAUUAUUUUCAGGGCAGUUAUUUCUCUAUCUAUGUAAGUACCACUACCUCUAGUCUAUAUCUAUCAUAUCUAUGUUCUACCUACUAAUUUAUAUAUAUAUAUAUACCACAAAUAUAGACUUAACUAAUAUAUUUCAUAUUAUGUAAGUUUGCUUGAAAUCUGAAGGGUCUUAACCCUUUAACCGUCGGACUAUGGUCAUGACCUAUAAGUAAAAAUGACAAAAAAUGUUAAAAUAUUUUAUAUCACUGAAUAGAGGAAUUCAAGAUCUUUCCAAAAAUAUAUACAUUUGUAUGAUUUUUUCUUAAAUUUAAAGAAUUACAGGAUGUAACUAUAUGCUUUUCCUAGUCAAACCCCAAAACAAACCGAUGGUUCAAGGGUUUAGGAACCCGUGGCUUCAAUUUGUUUUAGAGCGAGUCACAUGUUUGUUUAGAUAAUCAGAUGUGGGCUUCAAGUUUGAAGUUCAAAUUGGUAUCAUGCAUGCUAGAAUGCUACAAAAUGUUUAGGAAAUUUGGCCAUCAAAUGUCUAGAAAUUUUAUAUGAAAACUUUUAAAAAUUUCUAUUAAUAUAAUUAGUUCUACUUUCAAUUUUCUUUAGAUAUAAAUACAGGUAAACAUCAGGAUAAUUUGUGUCAUAUGCUUUUUAUGUCCGUGUAAUGUCAGUUUUUUCUGGUUGUCUUUUUAUUUCUUCAGUAUUUAUUAAGUUAAGAUUUCUUUUGGUACCGGUAUCACUUGGUAUUUUUCUUGUUUUUUGGUUAAAAUUUAAUUUUUGCUUGGUGUUUUGUGGCAAAUACAUUCAUUUGAAAUGUAAAAUGUAUUAUUCGGAUUUCUGCAUGAAAAGAAAAAAGAAAAUGAAGCAGAAUUUAAAUAUUUUUAAAGCAUAAAGAUAAUUAGUUUUGAAAAAUUUUAGAUUUUUAUAUUUGUAAUUUGAUAUGCACUUUUUUCACCUCAUUAAUGAACGACUAUGAAAUACGGCACAAAAACAGGUACAGUGCUCUGAUUGUAUGCCCCUCCCCACGAUGUGUUCAUACGUAUACAUUAUCAUUUUGGAUGAAUAAUGUAGAAAUUAUGAAAAUUAUUUGGUUAUAUUGAAACCCAAAUACAUGUAUCAUUUCUAAUAAAUGUAUAAAAUAUAUAAUAUAUUAUGCUAAAUAUUUUCACGAGGAAGAAAAAAAAAAGCUAAGAAAAAAUUAAUAAAUGAAUUACCUAGUUAGAAAAUAAAAAAAAGACAAGGAUAA